AUGGAUUCGUCCUAUGCUGCUCUGCUUGGCCAUCGCUCUCUGAUGGCACUACAGGGCGAGGAGUGGAAAAUGAUGCGUCAGCGGCUCAACCCGGCGUUUUCCAAAGGCCAUCUAAUCUCACUCAUGCCUUGUAUCCUUGAACACAUAUCUCCCUUCCUUGAAUGCCUUGAUGGAUACUGUAGAAGUGGCGCCGACUUUCCUCUGCAAGAUCCUCUUGCGGAACUUACCUUAGGCAUCAUGGGUUCCAUAGUCAUGAAUGGAAACAAUAACGAUUCAUCCGAAAUUUCGCGACAGCAUGAGAUCACGUCGGUUUUCCGCGAGCUGUACUCGACGUAUAGCUUUGAUCCUAAUGUACCUUCUUGGUUGACUGAUCCACGGGCCAAAUGGCGCCGAAACCAAGUUGGGAAGAAACUCACCAGUCUCCUGCAAGAUACCAUUCGGAAAGUUGCUGACCGAAUGAAUCGUGUCCCAGCCAAGGGCUCUCCGCCCAUAAAUUCCCGCAAUAUUAUCGCAUUAGCUCUAGCCGACGUUGAAAACCUAACGACAGAGACUCUCGACCUCGUCUGCGACCAACUCAAAUUCCUGCUUUUCGCCGGUUUCGACACGACCAUCUAUCUUCUAGGGUGGCUGAUCUACCAGCUUAGUAUCACCCCUCGCGCUCUGAAGUCCGUACAGGAUGAGCUCGAGAGCAUUUUUGGCCCGGGCACUGAUCCCACUAUUGCCAAAGAGAAGCUUCUUUCCAGCCCAGCGGAUACACUCAGCUGCAUGCGCUACACCUCGAGUCUAAUCAAGGAGACGCUAAGAAUGUAUCCGCCCGGUGCUACUUCCCGAACCGUGCCAUCUAAUUCGGACGCAUUUUUACAAAUGCCAGACGGCAGCGCCCUCCGCCUGGACGGCCUAUCACUGUAUAGCUGCCAUAGCAUGAUCCACCGCGAAGAAGCAGUCUACGGAGCCACGAAGGAUGUUUUCAUGCCCGAACGGUGGCUCCAUCCCGUCGACUCGUCUGGUGUUGGCACGCGGGUGCCACCUGCUGCCUGGCGGCCUUUUGAGCGUGGCCCCCGAAACUGUCUCGGCCAGGAGUUGGCGCUUGUGGUCUCCAAGCUUGUGCUCGUUUUUGCGGCGAGGAGGUACAACUUCUGCAAGAGUGGGCUGGGUCAGGUUGCGCGCGAUGCAAGCAAUGAACCCAUUCUCAACCCACAUGGGCAGUAUGAAGUUGAGUCGGAGCUGUAUUAUGCGAGGCAGUUUAUCCCCAAGCCUGUGGAUAGGAUGCGGAUGCACGUCCAGUUUAGCUCUGUGACACACUCGUCGGAGUGUGUUCAAAAGUUAUGUCUCUUCUAG